AAACUGUGUCACUUUCCGUUCAGCUAUAAACGCCCAAGCGAGAAACCAGCACACACGGUACGACCUCUCUCUCACUCACUCUCACAUAGUGCUCCCUUUUACAGUAUGAUGCUUCCCAUCUCCGGCCAGUCAUCCCCUAAAAAACCCAAAAAACACGAACUCAACAACAACACUCUCAACUCAAUCAAAUCCCACUGUUCUCUAUACCCUUGUAAAUGGAUCUUCAUUUCAAUUCUCUCAAUCCAAUUCCUCAUCCUUGUAAUCACCCGUACUCUCCCUAUACCCUUCUUUCUCCAGCAACUCUUACCUCCUUCCAAAACCACAACAUACCACUCCUCCACACAAACACAAUGCCCCUCCGGCACAAUCUACGUCUACGACCUCCCACCAAGGUUCAACAGAGACCUAGUCCACACUUGCAACGACUCCGACCCCUGGCACUGGCGAUGCGGCGCCGUUUCUAAUGAUGGGUUUGGCCCCAGAGCCACCGAGCUCGCCGGAAUUGUCCCGGAAAAUCUUGCUUCGGCGAUGUUCUGGACCAACCAGUUCGCCUCGGAGAUGCUGUUUCACAAUCGGCUUUUGAAUUACAAGUGUAGAACGCUGGAGCCAGAAUCGGCUGCCGCGUUCUAUAUCCCUUUUUACGCUGGACUCGCAGUCGGGAAAUACUUGUGGCAUAAUCAUACUAUGAGGGACCGUGAUUGCGAGAUGUUGUUGAAUUGGGUCCAGAAUCAACGGUUUUGGAGGAGAUCCAAGGGUUCUGAUCACUUCAUCACGCUGGGUCGCAUCACAUGGGAUUUCCGGCGGUUAGAUCAGCCGGAGAUCGAUUGGGGAUCCAGCUUCAUCAACAUGGCGGGGAUGAGAAACGUCACUCGCUUCGUGAUUGAGCGAGCUCCCAGGGACUAUUACGAUGUCGGUGUACCUUACCCCACUGGAUUCCACCCUAGAACCGACUCCGACGUCGUCGAGUGGCAGAGCUUCGUCCGGAACCAGAACCGGUCCAGCCUCUUCUGCUUCGUCGGCGGCGCUCGAGCCGACUUCAAGAACGACUUCAGAGCGCUGUUACUGAACCAGUGCGGGAACGAGUCGGACUCGUGCAGACUCAUCGACUGUGGUAAGACCGAGUGCGCCGUGGGCCGGACGCCGAGCCUGGAAACGUUUCUCGGCUCGGACUUCUGUUUGCAGCCGAGAGGAGACAGCUACACGAGGAGGUCCGUGUUCGAUUGCAUGCUCGCCGGUUCGAUCCCGGUUUUUUUCUGGUUCCGGACCGCUUACGACCAGUACGAGUGGUUCUUGCCGGGUGAACCGGAGAGUUACUCGGUUUUUAUCGACCGUCGCCAUGUGAGGAAUGGGUUGUCGAUAAAGAAAGUGCUGGAGCAGUACAGUAGAGAGGAGGUGAGGAAGAUGAGAGAGAAGGUGAUAGAGCUUAUACCCAAGUUUGUGUAUGCGAAGCCCAGUGAGGGUUUGGAGAAUAUUAGAGAUGCUUUUGAUAUCGCCAUUGAUGGGGUUUUGAAGCGCUUCAAGCAGCAAAGGAGUGGAACGAAAUGGUGAACACCAAAAAAGAAAUUAGUUCAGUACAGAGAGAUAUGGAUAUAAUGAACUAUACUUGAUCGAGUAGUGAUUAAUUCUGAGUCAAGUCCUGGUGGGUUUGAAGCUGAGUUGAGAACGAGUACAGUUCCUACUAUACUGGAAGGAAGACAAAAAAAAAAAAAAAUUCAAGGUAACGAACGGUGCAAUAUCAUCACCGAUGAAUCAGACUUAUUUGUCAUUUUCUUUUUUUUAUAUCUAUUAUGAUUUUUAGGAAUUGAAUAAUUGGUACUAUAUAAAUUUACUCAAAAUUUUACCAUUAAAGUAUAGUAUAAGAGGUUGAUUUAAAAUUAGUGUGUUCUUGGCCGUCAACUGUUUAAGCCUCAUACUUUCUCACUGAAAAAAAAAAAAAAAAAAAAACUACUGUUUAGAUAUAAUCUUGUAACAAAAGUUAGUUACAAAGUAAAAGUGUUUGCGAGUUUGUGAUUCGAUGAAGGUGCGGCAAGCCUCCUCAUCAAGUUGGUCCCUAUUUUUAUUCAAGUCUAGUGGGUUGAAAUUUUUGAUGAAUAAAUCAUGAUUACAUA